AUGUUCCCGAGGUUGAAGAUCAAUGCAAUGUUUAUGUUCCCAGGAAAUGAAGAGUUGGUGAGAAAGGCAAUGGCGAAAAGGAAACGGAGGCGGCUGGUGAAAAUGGUUGAUCUAUCUGACCCAAGAGGUCUCGCCCAGAAAAGUGUAGUCGUUUUAGACAAAUCUGCUUCUCAAACUACCAAUGCUCCUGCUCCUACUCUCCGGGCCUCCAGUGCAUCUGAGACUUCUGCUUCAGCGACUCUUGAGAAAGAAACAGCUUGUGUCAGCUUAGAUCGUCCUGUUCAGAUUGGAGAUAAACCUGCCUUUCUGCGCGAUCUUUCCUUGGCCGUGCAGACUCUUCUCAAUGUGGUUCCCGAGGACGAACUCCGUGACAUGAUGAAACUUAGCUUCAACAACAAGGUUGCCCAGGCUCUCCAUGGUUUAGUCGCGGUAUGGUUUUUCCUUUUAUUAUUUUAUUUUAUGUUCUACCCUUCUGAUUAUCCUAUUCUUCAUUUGCAGUCCAUCACUUAUGUUAAAGCCAUGAACCUCCAAGGACAAGAUUUGCUCAAGCUUUGCAAGGAUAGAGCCCUGGAGCUGACUGUUUGCAAGGAGUGCCUUGGAUCUCUUCAUUAA